UUAGUGCUUCUUCAAAACAAACACAAAGUACCAAACUCUACUAAACUAUACCAAACUCUCUUUUCUUUCCAUAGUGGUAUUCUCGUAAUUUACGAAGCUUUUAGUCUUUGAAAUGGCUCACUCCUCAAGCAUUGUGAUUCUUUUGCUUGCAAUGUUGGUGGUCUCCGCCAUAGCUCAAUCUCCGGCGUCUUCUCCGGUGGCUUCUCCAAAGAAAUCUCCGGCGUUGUCUCCUCAUGCCUCUGCGCCUUCUCCGGCCACCGUGAAGUCUCCUCCAUCGCCUUCUCCGGUGACUACUCCCUCAUCGAUCUCCGGGCCACCAUCUGAAGCACCUGCUCCCGCACAGAACGGUGCCGUUUCGAACAGUUUCGCUCUCGCCGGAUCUGUGGCUGUUGUGGCGUUUGCUGGGUUUUUAGUGAUGUAGAAGAAUGGGGUUUAUGGAUUGUUAAGUAUUAUUUAUUUUUUAUUUGUGUAAUUAAUUUUAUUUGUUUCGGCUGUUUAUUUGAGAUUGUUUGAUGAGAGAGAGAGAGAGAGAGAGUUUGGAUAUUGAUUGGACUUUGUACUGCAAACUCGAUUUUAAAUUACAGAUUCAUUGCAAGCUUGCAGUUCUUUUUA